AUGCCCUCGAUUCUAACCGACGAUGACAAGCAGAAUGUCAAGCGCCAGGUGCCCAAGGCUUCCAACAAGAUCCAUGCCGUCGCUGUCGCCAAGUUGUAUGUUGCAUACCCAAACCAUAACAGAUGGCAGUACACCGGUCUGCAGGGCGCCAUAGUCCUCGCCAACGACCUCGUCGGCAACACUUUCUGGAUCAAGAUGGUCGACGUCUCGCCCUCGAAUCGCGGCGUCGUCUGGGACCAGGAAAUCUACGAUACCUUCCAGUACAACCAGGACCGUACCUUCUUCCACACCUUUGAGCUCGAGGACUGUCUGGCCGGCCUGUCGUUUGCAGACGAGAAGGAAGCCAAGCAAUUCAAGAAGAAGAUGGACGAGCGCGAGAAAAACGCACACAAGAACACAAAGAACAAGCCCUUUGGCAGCGGCAGCGGCACCACCAAGGACUAUGCUGCUGCGAGCGGAGGCGGUGCUGCCUCGACUAGACACCGUUUCGGGCUCAGCAGUCUGCUACCCGGACAUCGCCAAUCGCAGGCAGCCCAGCCUCCUGCUCAAUCCAUCAUUCCACCACGCGAUGUGACUAUCAGCCACGCCGCGCCUGCUCGCCCCACACCAUCUCACAACUUGGACAUGUCGGAUCCUGCUGUACAAGAAGUGCUCAACCAGCUGCUGUCCAUGGGCAUUACCGAGGACCAGCUGGAGGAGCACGCUGGCUUUAUUCAGACCUAUCUCGAGCAACACAAGGCCAGUGCCGCUGCCGAGGAAGAGCGCAAGGCUCGGGCGCCGCCGCCACCUCCGCCUGUAGCUGCACAGAUGUCUCCUCAAACCACCGGAGGAAGUGGAAGCACUUCGAGACGUGGUCCUCCACCUGCUCCGCCACAGCCUAGGAGGGGCGCUGCACCGAUUAGACCACCUUCUCCCUCUCCGUCGCCGCCACGCGCUCCUUCACCUCCUCGACCCAUGUUCCGUGCUCCUCCUCCGAUCGCCGACGCUGGAAAGUACGCCAAUGUCCCUGCUCCGCCAGCCAGAUCCAGAGCUUCGUCUUCUGCUGCUCCUCCGCCUCCACCACGUGUCCCGGCAAAAACGCCAGCAGACGAGCCAUCUUCAUCCAGGGCCCGUACCACCGCCCCUCCCGCAAGGAACAAUGUCGCCAGCCCUGGUGUUCCUAUGCCUCCGCCACUGCCUCCCAAAACUCCAACCUCUGUCGCUCCUCCUCCGCCUCCUCUUCCUCCACCAUCAGCUCGUCCUGUUCCUCCUCCUCCCGGCGGUGGCAGUCGUGCUCCUCCUGGUGGAGACGCUCCAGCACCUCCGCCUUUGCCUGCUGUUGGUGGUGGCGGUAGAGACGAUCUUCUGGCUUCCAUCCGAGGCGGUGCUCGUCUUAAGAGGGUGUCUGACCAGGAGAAGAAAGAUCGUAGUGCUGCAGCGGUUCCAGGUAGUGAACCUCCUGCAUCGAGUGGCCCGAGUAGUGGCGGAGGUGGUGGUGAUGCUGCUGGCGGUCUUGCUGGUGCUUUGGCUAGUGCACUUGCCGCCAGAAAGUCCAAAGUCAGCCAUAGUGAUGACGAAGACGACAAAGAUGACUGGUAG